CCAGGGCCCCACUCAGGGACCUCAUGGGGCCCGUGGAUCCGCUCCGGGAGCCUCUGACUCUGCUUGUCCCCACUGUGCCAGACAUUCCUGUACAGCAGCCAGAGCAGCGGGACUCCUCCCCUCCACUCAGAAACCCGGAGCACGUAGCAACAACUGAGCCAAUGUGCUCCGCCGCGAUCCGUCCUACCGACUGCGGUGCCUGGCAACAGAAAAAGACGUGAUGACGUCCUCUCCAGAUUGCGUAUUAUGGGAUGUGCGGAAUUAAACAACCCGAAGAGGACACGGGGAAGCCAAAAAUAAUAAAAGAGACAGAAAUAAACGAGGUGCAUGGUGAAUCAUGGAGCUCUCGGCUGUCGGUGAGAGCGUCUUCGCAGCCGAGUCCAUCAUUAAACGGCGAAUCAGACGGGGUCGCUGGGAAUAUCUCGUGAAAUGGAAGGGCUGGUCUCAGAAGUACAGCACCUGGGAGCCGGAGGAAAACAUUCUGGACGCACGACUCUUCGCUGCCUUCGAGGAGAGGGAGAGAGAAAGGGAGCUGUUUGGCCCGAAGAAGAGGGGACCGAAACCCGAGACGUUUCUCCUGAAGGCCAAAGCCAAAGCCAAAGAAAAGACGUAUGAAUUCAGAAAAGAGGCUCCCAGGGGGAUCCAGGUUUCCUAUCCCAUUCCGGAGCCUGUCAUAACACCGAGGGCCCGGGAGGGUUUGCGCAGCGUGGUUCCCACAAUCUUUCCACCAAGCGCGGUCAACAGAGGAGAGAGCGUCCACGUCCGACCACCGGAGCCAGAGAGGAGGCCCAGACCGACUCCACCGGCCGCUCUGACGCUCCAAGAAACCGUCCGGUUCCCCAAAAAGAGAGGGCGCAAACCGAAGCUGCAUUUACAGUAUGAUGAAGAUGAUGGAGGCGCCUCGGCAGAGCCGGACACCAAACGGAGCAGGUCACUGGAGGAGCACGGUUUGUCCCGACGUUUGCUGCAUCACGGGGAGACAUCAGAUCACAGCCUCAUGCAGCUGACCAGGAGGUUUCAGGAGGAGACCACGAUAUCACCCAAACACAGCGGCGAGCGGAGGUUGUCCUACAGCUGCGCCUUCAGCCCAGAUGUGCGUAAAAGCCAUCAGGGGGGACACAGGACUAAAUGUUUGGGCAGGAUGUCCAUUCAUCGGCCCGGCAGCUCCACAGAAGAGCACCGGAGACACCAUCAGGUGAAGGAGUGCUGCCAACCUGCAGUCAUCUCCUCACAAUCCAUCCAUGAGCAGCCCACGCGAGGAGCCUCGUCCUGGACCCCCAGUUUCACCAGUCUGGACACGGUGACCGUGACUGAUGUCACCUUGAACUUCUUGACAGUCACCAUCAGAGAGAGCAGCACGCAGAAAGGCUUUUUCAGAGAGAAGAGAUGAGUAUGUGCUCCGGAUCAGAGGAGGCUAAUAUAUAUAUACUAUAUAUAUGAGUAAAUUUACCAAGCUACUUACUAACACGCCUACUGUAAUACUAUAUUUUUUCUAUGUAACUUUCAAACGUGUACAUACAAAAAUAUUUAAUACGCUGCUGAGAAAAUAAAACUGACAUUGUGAGUUUAUGUUUGCUGUUUUUUUGCGCUCAGUAUCGCCGAUAAUAUCUUGUUCAGGUUAUAUAGAAAGGCUGUUUUUUUUUCAUGUUUUGUCACCAUAAACAACCUUUUCAUGACCUUUGGGGAAUAUAUUCACUUUGCUAAGGGACUGUUCGUUACCUGUGAAAGUGGAGAGGUGGUGCAAAACAGGGGAGGCACUUCAAAUCAUUUUUUUAAGCACUUGGAAGUGACAUUCAACUUUAAGUGGUUGUAUUUAUUUUAAAUACCCCCAGAACCCCAAAACUUACUUACUAAGCAUAUCUUCUUUUUAAAAAAUCUCCCAAAUUUAACAAUUUAUUUUAACCAGAAACUGUAAAAUAAAGUUAUUUAUAAAGUUAUUUAUGGUGAAGGCAGAGUCGUGUACCC